AUUCUUCUAUUGUUUAUUACUACCUCUCAUUUUUUCCUAUGUGUAUUGUGUGUUAACAUGCAAAAUCAUGAACAAUUAAUACACCAGCAUGCAUUUUGUUUGCCAUUUUUCCAUACUCUCUAGUAUAGAUUAAUAUAUCAAUUCAAUCAUUUUACUCUAAUAUUUUAAAUUUAAUACAAUAUAUACUAGUAUAUCAUCCAUGUGUUGGUUGAAUAUAAAUACAAACUCUACAUGAAGUUGCAGAAGCAAGGCCAACCAAAGUGAGCCACAUCAAGCUAGGAGCAGAGUUUGAAGUGAAAUCUGCAGCACUGAAAAUUAUAUUCCUUAUCUCUUCCAAAUGGCUUUAGUUUGGAAGCCCUCAAUGAUGAUCACCAUCUUUCUUCUAUUCCUCACCUCUUCUCAAGGAAAGACAUCUAAUUAUUGGGAUAAUGAAUACCCAUUCAUCAGAUAUGCAAGUUCUUUUCCACCACCACCGUCACCAGCAUCGUCUUCAGCAUCAACAAGUGUUGAAGAGAAGGCGUAUGACUACAUAAUAGUCGGCGGUGGCACGGUUGGAUGUCCGUUGGCUGCUACAUUGUCACAGAACUUCAGUGUUUUGUUGCUAGAAAGAGGGGGAGUUCCAUUUGCAAACCCGAAUGUGUCGUUUUUGCAGAACUUCCAUAUUUCUCUGGCAGAUGUUUCUCCAACCUCUGCCUCCCAGUUCUUUGUUUCUUCCGAUGGAGUUUAUAAUGCCAGGGCUAGAGUUUUGGGUGGAGGCACUUGCCUCAAUGCUGGAUUUUACACCAGGCCAAGCGCAAGGGACAUCAGAAGGCUAAAUUUGGAUGCCAAACUGGUUAAUGAGUCGUAUCCAUGGAUUGAGGAUCAGAUUGUUCACAUGCCUAAGUUUUCUCCUUGGCAGAGAGCGGUGAAGGAUGGUCUAUUGGAUGUUGGAAUUUCACCUGAUAACGGAUUCACCUAUGAUCAUUUAUACGGAACCAAGGUUGGUGGAACCAUCUUUGACAGAUAUGGUCGUCGUCGCACAGCUGUAGAACUACUUAGGUCAGCCAACUCGAAGAAACUUGAUGUUUUGAUUCAUGCAACAGCCCAGAAGAUUUUGUUUGACAAAACAGGGAAAAAACCCAGGGCUGUUGGGGUUGUAUUCAAAGACGAAACUGGGAGGCAGCAUCAAGCAUUUCUUUCAAGGAGGCGGGGAAGUGAAAUUAUAGUAUCAUCUGGAGCCCUUGGGAGCCCACAACUUCUACUACUUAGCGGCAUUGGACCAAGGAAGGACCUUCAAAAAUUGAACAUCCCUGUGGUGCAUCAUAAUGAGCUCGUUGGGAAAGGCAUGUCAGACAACCCUAUGAAUACGGUAUUUGUUCCUUUCAACAGGCAUGUGGAGCAGACCUUGAUUCAAACUGUAGGAAUUACCAAGAUCGGCGUCUACAUUGAGGCUAGUAGUGGAUUUGGGCAAUCUUCUGAUAACAUUUCUUGCCACCAUGGAAUGUUAUCUGCCGAGAUUGGGCAGCUUUCGACCUUGCCUCCGAAGCAAAGGACAAGAGAUGCUAUAGAAGCUUAUAAAAGAAACAAGCGUAACCUUCCACAUGAAGUGUUUAAAGCAGGUUUUAUCUUACAAAAGUUAGCCAGCCCAAAGUCAACAGGGGAACUGAGCCUGAAGAACACUAAUGUUGACGAUAACCCCCACGUCUCCUUCAACUACUUCAGCCACCCUGAAGAUCUACAACAAUGUGUGGAUGGUAUUCGACUUGUUGAGAAGCUUCUUGCCUCAAAACACCUUACCAGCUUCAUGCCGCCUGACAAAGAAUCCUUCGAGAAGCUGCUAAACUUGAGUGUCCAGGCCAAUGUCAAUUUCAUCCCUAAGCAUACCAAUGAUACCAAGUCAGUGGAGCAAUUCUGCAAGGACACUGUGAUCACAAUCUGGCACUACCAUGGUGGAUGCCACGUCGGUAAGGUGGUCAGCCCAGACUACGAGGUUCUUGGUGUGCAUAGGCUUCGCGUGCUUGAUGGUUCCACAUUUUCCCACUCUCCAGGCACUAAUCCUCAAGCCACUCUACUGAUGAUGGGAAGGUACAUGGGAUUGAAAAUACUGAGACAGCGGCUGGGGAGAGCAGCUGGUUUCUGAAGGAAUCGCGAUGCUGCUGCAAUUUCUGGUAGAUCCAAUUCUUAGCAAGCGGUUAACUGUAGAGAUAGGCUUGGCUUGCGAAGAUAUUAAUCGCUCUUGUUGUAUCCAAAAUUCGAAUGUAUGAGAUUAUUUAUAACUCUAGACUCCAGAUGGUACUUUUAACUUGUGAAUGUAACCUGAUUGUCAUCACUCAUCACUAUCAUCUAUCCACCUCUUUGCUGCCAAGAAUACAUUUGAAUGGUUAA